GCGUCCUGGAGACCCCCGAGCGAUGGAAGCGGCGGCGCCGGCGGCGGCCGAGGCGGCUGGGCGCGAAGAGCUCGAUAUGGAUGUUAUGAGGCCCUUAAUAAACGAGCAGAAUUUUGAUGGGACAUCAGAUGACGAACAGGAGCAGGAGCUUCUGCCCGUUCAGAAGCAUCACCAGCUUGAUGAUCAAGAGGGUAUUUCAUUUGUACAAACUCUUAUUCAUCUUCUUAAAGGAAAUAUUGGAACUGGUCUUUUAGGACUUCCACUGGCAAUAAAAAAUGCAGGCAUAGUGCUUGGACCAAUCAGCCUUGUAUUUAUAGGAAUUAUUUCUGUUCACUGUAUGCACAUUUUGGUACGUUGCAGUCACUUUCUAUGUCAGAGGUUUAAAAAGUCAACAUUAGGGUAUAGUGACACUGUGAGUUUUGCUAUGGAAGUCAGUCCUUGGAGUUGUCUGCAGAAGCAAACAGCAUGGGGACGGAACGUGGUUGACUUUUUUCUGGUGAUAACACAGCUGGGAUUCUGUAGUGUGUAUAUUGUCUUCUUAGCUGAAAAUGUGAAACAAGUUCAUGAAGGGCUCCUGGAGAGUAAAGUGUUUGUUUUGAAUAGUACCAAUUCAUCAAGUCCAUGUGAGAGACGAAGUAUUGACCUAAGGAUAUACAUGCUUUGCUUUCUUCCAUUUUUAAUUCUUUUGGUCUUCAUUCGUGAGCUCAAGAAUCUGUUUGUGCUUUCAUUCCUUGCCAACAUAUCCAUGGCUGUCAGUCUUGUGAUAAUUUAUCAGUACGUUGUUAGGAAUAUGCCAGAUCCCCACAACCUUCCAAUAGUGGCUGGUUGGAAAAAAUACCCCCUCUUUUUUGGUACUGCUGUAUUUGCUUUUGAAGGCAUUGGAGUGGUCCUUCCACUGGAAAAUCAAAUGAAAGAAUCAAAACGCUUCCCCCAAGCAUUGAAUAUUGGCAUGGGGAUUGUCACAGCGCUGUAUGUAACAUUAGCUACUUUAGGAUAUAUGUGUUUCCACGAUGAUAUCAAAGGCAGCAUAACUUUAAAUCUUCCCCAAGAUGUGUGGUUAUAUCAAUCAGUGAAAAUUCUGUAUUCCUUCGGCAUCUUUGUGACAUAUUCAAUUCAGUUCUAUGUUCCAGCAGAGAUAAUCAUCCCUGUGAUCACAUCCAGAUUUCAUCCUAAAUGGAAGCAAAUCUAUGAAUUUGUAAUAAGGUCCUUCUUGGUUACUAUUACUUGUGCCGGCGCGAUCCUCAUUCCUCGUUUAGACAUUGUGAUCUCCUUCGUCGGAGCUGUGAGCAGCAGCACGCUGGCCCUGAUCCUGCCGCCUCUGGUGGAAAUUCUCACCUUCUCUAAGGAGCACUACAGUAUAUGGAUGGUCCUGAAGAACGUUUCCAUCGUGUUCACUGGAGUUGUUGGUUUCUUAUUAGGGACAUAUGUAACUGUUGAAGAAAUUAUUUAUCCUACUCCCAAAGCUAUCACUAGCACUCCACAUGGUCCCUCUUUAAAUUUGAAUUCGACAUGUUUUAUAUCGGGUUUGAAGUAGUAGGAGCAGAGAUAUGAGUUUCCAGUUUGGAAAUGAUUUAAGAACCACUAGGACACGUUGGCAGUACUGAUAAGCUACAACAUAUUUCUUGGUUUUAAGUAUUAGCAGCAAUUUCAAAAGUUUUAGUUUUGAAAAUUGAAAAAAUUAAAAUGUUAAAGAAUUAAAGGAAUACUCUAUUACUUGUCUUUCAGUCAGAAAUGAUUCAACCAAGAUUCUGUCUUUUACCUCCAUGCUACUCUCUUGUCACCUGGUUGAGGAGAGAACAGGGUUUCAACAUUAAGAGAAUUAAAGAAGAAGGUAUAGGUAACUAAAAUCUGACCACCCUGAUGAAUUUUAAAGUACACUUCAUGUUAGUAUAGAAAUAUCUCAAUUGUGUUUUUAUUAGAGAGCCAGAUACUUAGGUUUACCCCUUUAAAGUUUAGAAAACCCUCAUUAGCCAUGCAUCAGAAAAUCCCCCAAACAAAAAAAUCAAGAGGGCCUGUGCAAGAGUCUGACUUAGUGUUUCAACCAGAUUUGAAGGAGACUUUAAAGGUUGUGGAGUACAAAUUCGCUUGUUUUUUUUACCUGCGGAAAUAGACACCCAGGAUGGUUAAAGUUAACUUGGUCAAGACCACUCAGCUUGAGAUCGAGAGAACCUGAUCUUCGGAUCCCUGGUCCAGGAUUUUUUAAUCUUUCACGUCACAUCCUAGAAAAAGAAUAAAUUAUGUUCAGUUCAGCUUUAGUGUUAAGUCGGUUUAGUAUGCUGUUUGCCAAGUGCUUGUGACCUGCGCAGACAGUCGGGGAGCUCCGAGAAGCCUGCAGCGCAGCCGUGGGGCAGAAGCAGCGCUUUAAUGAACCAGCAGAAACCCCCUGCUGGCUAGCUUCUGGCAGGUAGAGAGUGUCCAGCUGUCCUGAGUGGGGCUGUAGCUCUCCUCAUUGUUUCUUCCUUCCUAGGUUUGUAGGUACCAUCUUUCCUAAUGACAAAAAAAUAGAUAACCUGGCGUGAUCCAGGACCUGUGCCCUCUUCCUGGCCCUGUGGCCUUCCUCGUCAGAGCCUCCUAUUGCUCUGCAGGGGCAAAAUAAAAGAAAGCUUCAAGCCUAGGAAAAAUCGAGAUAAUGAUAAGCUGUUAAAUACUGACAGCUCCAGGCUUCCUCCAGAGAAAUGCAUUCUUUUCUACUCCUCCAUAUUUUUCAAGCCCAGUUAUUAACCAAAACAAAGAAUCUCAGUGGUCAUGGAAGAUGAAAAUGGUUAAAUUUAAAAUUGAGAAUCUUGAUUUUUUUUUUUUAAUCAUAAUUUAAAACUCAUUGAAUUUUUUAGUCAGGUUGGUGAAAGAUACCACCAAGACCACUGCAGUGUAUAUUUUCUCUAUUUUUGUAUGUAAAUGUCAGUUCAAGUAUUUUUUUGCUUACAUCAUAGAGUCAAGCAUAAUCCUAAAGGUAUAUCAGAAACUUUGUUUUGGUACAAAUUCAUCAGCAUCAAACUUUAAAAAAAAAUUUGCAUCAAGAAUCACCAAUAAUUGUUUAUGACACUUUUAUGUCAAAUCUGUUAUGUUGAACCUUUAGUCAUGUUGGGAAAAUGUGGAAGAAAUUGUAGGAAAAGUAAUUGCCAUUGAAGCUAAUGUUAUAUAAUCUUGAACAUAAGAGUAAAUUAGGUAUUUUUUUUUAACAUAUGUAACUUGGUAUAAAGUGACUUGAAAACUAUUAUUUAAUUCAAAGCACUAUUAGAUUUUUUUGUCAGCUGUCUCAGAUAAUAUUUCUAGUCUGUGUGAUAUUUUAUUUUUGUAGUUUUGCCUUUUUUAUUUUCUUUAUGAAAUUUAUCAAUUUUAGUAAAAAAAUGGUUGAUCAUAGCAAUAUAUAAAUUUUAAUUUCAAUGAACAAAUGUUGAGUAUAUUUUCAGAGUAAAGUUGAAAUGCAGAAAGGAAGAGCAGGAGAAUAGUUUUAGUUCCUAACAAGAAACACUAUGUAGAUAUAAAUGCACUCUAUAUAAGGAUUUUUGAUGAUUUAUUUCAUUUGCAAAAAAAAAUCAGGCAACAUUUUUCCUUUGAAAAUUAUUUUUAAUGAGUCAUAACAUUUUCUGAAUGUUAUUAGAGAAGAUACUUUGAUCAAACCAGCUAUUGAUUUUAUUUGGGGACCUGGAAAAAUGAGAGUGAUUGCACCUAUCAAAUUUUUUUAUCCAGUAUCUUUGGUCCAUUGCAUUCUGGGUAAAAUGACUUCAGCGUUUCAUCUGCCACCACAGUAAAGCACCUUCGGAAAGCCAACCAGGUGUCUUAUGAACUUUACUACUGGAAUGGGGAAGAGAAAGGAAAACUUUAUUCACCUCUGAAAACCUCAGAGCUAAGUCUCUCUUAACAGAGUUAACCUCUGUUCCUUUCCAGCCAAAAGGGUUUCUCCAGUUUCAGAGUCAGCUUAUCAAAACACUGGCUCUCAGACCUUUCUUUCUUUUUUAUCAAAGGAUCUGCUUUUCCCCGAGUGGCAUGGUUUCUCCGCAAGUGAAGAAGUAAGACCUAGUUUUUCUUAAAGACCAGUUAUUAGUAUAGUGUUACCAAAUGAAAAAUGUACUAUGUUAGCAAAUGCCACAUUAGGUUUUAAUUCAGUCCUCUGGAUUCUCCUCUGUUGAAAUGAUUUCUGCCUCUUAUCUGUGUGAUGCACUUAACAUUUUUGUAAGUGUUUUAUGCAAUAUGCAUGUUGUAAAUGUCCUAACGUGGCCUGAUUUCAUUCAGUAUUUUUGUAGUAGUUGUAGAAAAGCUCUCCAGCUGUAAAGUGCUAUACAGAUACUAAUUGGGGUAUUAACUGGCGUUCUACGUCAGUGACAGGUCCAGCUGUGGGCAUGCUUUACCCUAGCUUACCUGUUCAUCUCCUCUGGGGCUGGCAUGCCAAAGAGGUCAGAACAGCAGCUGAGAAGUGCAUUUGUUUACUGAUGAUAUGUAUCCCCUCAUUUCUUCAUUUGAAAGGGAGAAGAUACAUGACAGAGCUAAUAGAAGUAAUAAAUAAAAUUAUUUAACUGAUACCAGUGGCUCAAUGAAUAUUUUCUGUUGAGAAAAUAACUUGGUAAAAACAAAGGCAAUGCUAUAAAGUGAGUUUUUUAGAAUGAGUAUUUUAAUCUUUUUGCCUCAGUUAGCUCCCCUUCAUAAAACAGUUUGAGAGACUUUGAUCUAAAAGGUAUAACAAGAUACUUCCUAACAUUAAACAGCUGACUGUAAUAAUUAACACUUUGGCAGUAUGGUUAACCAUAAUUAAUCUUAUUCACGCAACUGGUGCUCACUAGGCUACACACCGUUCUCAAAGUUGCUGGUUCUGACCUAGGAGAUAAGAAAACAUGCUUUAAAAAUGUUAUUAUUGCCCUAUUAUAAAAUGAAAUGACAAAUCACUCUCAUCCUUAAAAUUAUAUAUCAAGGUUACCUAGUUCUGAUGUAUCCACAUAUAUACAUUCCAGUAGUCUGUGUUUUAUACUAAUAUAAAUUUGCCAUUUAAAUUGGAUCCAGAAAGAUGUGUGUUGGGAUCACCCUGAAAAUGAUUCCUUUAGAGUUUUCUUGAUAACAAAUAGGCGCUUGUACCGUGAAUAAGUUAAGCUGUGGAGUUUUGUUUCUCAAAAUGAUGUUGUUUGUUUGAGUGACAACUACAUAUCAGUGCACUUGAGUCAAUUCUAUUUCUUUUAACUUAUUUUUCUUUAUAGUAUGAAAAAAUGUCUUUAAAAGUACUGUAACUUCUGAAUUUUCAAUAAAAUAUUAUUUUGCUUGCAAAA